GUCACUCCUUCAGAUGUCAACUGCACCAGAGAGAUACCGGACAAACACCUCAGCUUUAGAGAAACAGCGAUUCGCUAGCGUAGGGAAGUUAUACUCCUUUGACUAAAAGCUUCUCCAGCCGGUACAGAGUAAUGAAGUAGAUAGUCGGACAGCUAACUACACGUACCUUGAUCAAACUAGACGGGCAUUGCCACGGUGAACAUGGACCAGGAGUUUGAAGGCAUAGAUUCAGAAGGCCGGUGGCAAAAACUGUACCUAGAAAUAAGGAAUCAGUCCCACGAGUGCUCCUACAAAGUGGCAAAGUAUCCAGAGAACCGCAAUCGAAACCGAUACAGAGAUGUCAGUCCAUUUGAUCACAGCCGGGUGAAGCUGGAGGGCGCAGAUAAUGACUACAUCAACGCGAGUCUGGUCGUCAUGGAGGAAGCCCAGAGAAGUUACAUAUUGACUCAGGGACCACUCAGGAACACCUGUAGCCAUUUCUGGCUCAUGAUCUGGGAGCAGAAGACCAAGGCGAUAAUUAUGCUCAACAGGGUCAUAGAGAAAGGCUCGGAGAAGUGUGCUCAGUACUGGCCCACAGCCGAGGAGAGAGAGAUGGCCUUCAGAGACACUCGAUUGUUGGUCAGGCUGCUGUCAGAAGACACCAAGUCCUACUACACCACCAGAGUGUUGGAGCUGCAGAACAUUAGUACCGGGGAGAAGAGAGAAAUCUACCACUUUCAUUACACCACAUGGCCAGAUUUCGGUGUCCCAGAGUCCCCGGCAUCGUUCCUUAACUUCCUCUUUAAAGUGAGAGAGUCGGGGGCCUUGGGGGAGGACCACGGGCCGGCUGUGGUUCACUGUAGCGCUGGAAUUGGACGCUCAGGGACAUUUUCGUUGGUGGACACAUGUGUGGUACUGAUGGAGAAAAGGAAAGACCCCUCAUCGGUGGACAUCAAAAACAUCCUGUUGGACAUGAGAAAGUGCCGCAUGGGCCUGAUCCAGACCCCCGACCAGCUGCGCUUCUCCUUCAUGGCGGUCCUUGAAGGGUCCAAGCACAUCACUGGAGACUCUUCUGUACAGAACCGGUGGCGGGAGUUGUCGAGGGAAGAUCAGGAGCCCGCAUCAGAUUCUCCGCCCACGACUCAGCCCCCGGCCAGGUGUCCAGAGCGACACAACGGCAUCCAACGGGGAGGUCAGCUGGAGGGGGGAGAGGACUACAGGCAGGAUAGCAAAGUACCAGCACUGGCUCCUUGCAAAGAACAGGAGCAGGACGGCGGCACGACACACAAAAGACGCAGAGAAGACAGCAUUUCCAAAUCAGGCACAGCAAAGACGCCCCAAAGCAAGCCCAGGACGAAUGACUCGGAGAAGAAGAGGAAAAGGGCGAGAACCAGCGACAGCUAACUACCAGCGCCUCCAGCAGCAAAGCCAACAACGGCAGGGAUCUCCAGCUCUCUCACAACCUCCGUGUCCUUCUUCCUCGGCUCCAAAAACCACUCUUCCUCCCACCACUUUGUCUUUUGUACUUGUAUUUGUUUUUGUGUUGUCUUUUAAGGUUAAACAUGAAUCAGACCCCGCACAUCUCCUUGUGCAUGUCACUCCUCUACCAGCUUUCUCCACGUCUCCUCAUCCUCUCUGAACUGUUUACAGCGGACACUUUGACAUUCUUUGAAGACGGCACAUUUGAAAAGACAAAACACACCAGCGCUUUCUCCCCAAAUUACAAUUUUUGCAGUAACUUCUUUUUUUUGUUUUAAUGUUAUUUGCAGCCUUUACAUUCUAUGGAAAUCUGACACCGAUACAAGGGGCUAAGCAUUGACAAUUUGUAAUGCUGUUCAUGUGUCUAUUUUUAGAAAACCUUUUUUUUUCCAGAGGCAAAAAUGUUCUAUUUUUUAUAAAAGAUUACUUGAAGUUUUUCAGCAGUGCUGGGGGUUGAUUUAAAUGAAGAGCACUGCCUUCUCCCAAGGGAGAAAUACAGUGGCAUGUAAUGUUUCCAUGAUGUACAUAGUGUUCUUGUGUAAAAAAGACAUAUUUUUGCUUGUAAACAAAAGACGAACGACAAUGUCAAAGAUUUGAAUACAGUAGAAACCUUGAUGACUGGUUCUCCUUUUGAACUGAAACUGUCUUAAUUUUCCCUUUCUCUAAAGAGUGUAAUCUACAAAUAAAAACUGGUAUUAUCUAGUUUACCUAACAA